UACGUGACGCUCGUUCUCUGUUCGUCUGCUGGACGGUAAUGGCGGCGUGCCGGGGAUCAUCGUCCAAAUGGUUUUUUACCCGGGAACAGCUCGAAAACACCCCGUCCCGCCGCUGCGGAGUGGAGCCAGACAGAGAGCUGUCGUAUCGACAGCAAGCCGCGAAUCUUAUUCAGGACAUGGGCCAGAGACUAAAUGUUUCUCAACUCACAAUAAAUACUGCCAUUGUUUACAUGCACAGAUUUUAUAUGUACCACUCUUUCACCAAAUUCCACAGAAAUACCAUCUCCCCAACGACAUUAUUUCUGGCUGCAAAAGUUGAAGAGCAACCACGGAAACUCGAACAUGUCAUUAAAGUAGCGCAUGCGUGUUUAAACCCCCAGGAGCCUCCACUGGAUACAAAGAGUAAUGCAUACCUCCAGCAAGCUCAAGAGCUGGUGAUACUUGAAACCAUAGUGCUGCAGACUUUAGGCUUUGAAAUUACAAUUGAACAUCCACACACUGAUGUGGUGAAAUGUUCCCAGCUAGUGCGAGCAAGCAAGGAUCUGGCACAGACUUCCUAUUUCAUGGCUACCAACAGUCUGCACCUCACCACCUUCUGCUUGCAGUACAAGCCCACAGUCAUCGCCUGCGUCUGUAUUCACCUGGCCUGCAAAUGGUCCAACUGGGAGAUCCCUGUUUCCACCGAUGGAAAGCACUGGUGGGAGUAUGUGGACAGCUCAGUUACACUUGAACUUCUCGAUGAACUGACCCAUGAGUUUCUGCAAAUAUUAGAGAAGACACCCAGUAGGUUGAAAAGGAUUCGUAACUGGAGAGCUACACAAGCUGCUAAGAAGCCCAAAUCAGAUGGUCAGGCCUCAGACAGCAGCUCCUUAGCGGGACCUUCAUUAACCCAGGAUAUGUCCUUAAUGGAUGCCCUUCCUGGGGUUUCUACAAAUACAGCAUUCUCCAAAGCCUCUACGUCUUUCCCAGUAACCCUGCCGAGCAACUCAAGCAGCAGUCUUUCUCUUGAUUCCAUUGCCAACAUGCAGGGAACCUCAUACACUUACACCGCCCCCAGUGACUGGCCUCAGGACCAAGUGCGCUCAGACCAGUAUUCUGUCAAACAGCUUCCCCCACACAGUUCUAUGCACCCACAUCGGCCUGACAAAAGCGCAGAGUUCAACCCUGCCAAACACGAACACAAAGCCAGUGGUGGGGCAAAGCACCAGGCCACGGCCUAUCCUCCACCUGCGGCACCCACGCAGAAAAUGUCUCUAGACAAGUACAGGGAGAAACACGCUGCUGAGAUGGCUGUGCAGAAACGCAGGCAAGAGCAGCAGAACAUGGAGGCGGAGGUCUAUGGUGCUCCAACACAGACGGAUCACCGCAAACACCUGCCCCAGCUGCCUCACGGGCAGCAGGGAGCAGGAGCCACCACUGCCUCGCCCCUGAAGAUGAAGCUGCCCGUUCCCGGGCAGGACAAGCUCCAGGACAAACGCGAGAAAGGGAGCUCUUUAAAACUGCGUCUUCCCGUCCCCUCCCAGAGCGAAAAGGGGGGAUCAAGUAAGGAGGAGCUAAAAAUGAAAAUAAAGGUCUCCUCUGAGCGGCACAGCUCCUCUGACGAGGGUGCCGCAAAGAGCAAACAUUCCAGCCCGCUUGUGAGCAAGGAGAAACACAGAGACCACUCAGCCCAUCGUCACCAUCACAAACACGGCCACUCACACACGCACACACAUAGCGGCAACGGCAGGAGCGGCCUCGAGGCACCCGCAUCUGGUUCGGCCCUUCGAAGCCCACUAAGUUCCGGUGGCGAUGGCACAAGCUCAGCUUCCAGCUCCUCACGCAAGAGGGUGAACCCCGAAUCCAGCCACAAUCACCACUCCAAAAAGAACAAAAGCUCCAAAGGCGGUGCAGGUAGUUCCUCUCAUUGUUCCUCUGUUCAGCAGUGUGUGUCCUCUCACAGCUCUGUUCUUAACCUUCCCUUCCCCCCUCCCCCUGUCACAUACCAGGUGGGCUACGGACAUCUCAGCACCCUAGUGAAACUGGACAGGAAACCAGUGGAGAGCCAUGGCCCUGAGAGCACCGGCCUGGCUAAUGGCCGACACACAGACUACAAAGACACUUUUGACACGCUUGAUUCGCUGUUAAGUGCCCGAGGAAUGGACUCUUGAACUGAUAGGAAAAAGGAUAAAAUAUAAAAGAAAAUCAAGCAUAGAUUUCAUUAUUAGGAGAGGAAAACAAACAGGAUUGUGAAGAGUAAGAGAAAGAAAAUAAAAUGCUUCCCGAUCUUCUGGCAGUUCGGUUCAGUCUCGCCAUCUCUGUAUAACUGCUGCUUUUCCUCAGUAUUCCCUCACGAGCAGUCUGUAUGUAUGUGUGAGCCAGUAUACGAAUGUCAGGGCCAUUAUAGUAAACAAACAAACAAAAAAAAAAGCAUAAUUUUUGAUAAAAGCAUAAUGAGUGAUCAAUUUUUGCCACAGUGGAAAUUUAUAGGACUGAAACACCCUCUAAGAUGACUGAUGCUCCUCACAUUUGUUAAACAAAGAAGGAAUGCAGAAUCAAGAUUUUAGUUCCAUAGUUCUUUGAAUGUUUCUUUAUUUCCUUUCCCCUCAUCUGAUACCUUCUAUAUGAGCUGCAUGUUUAUAAUGAAAGGGACAAGAUCGUUGUUUACAGAUUGUGAAGAAAAAUUUACAUACAUUCUCGUAUGUUAAAAGCUGUACCAUAACUUCUCAGGUUUGGAGCUGCUUGUAAAAUAUAUAAAUAUAUAUAUAUAUAUAUAUAUAUAAAUAUAUGGGGGUGGGGGGGAUUUUGUGACUCAGUGUUAGAAUCUGUCAUUGGCAUUUCUAGCGCAGCCUUCCAGUGAUGUGCUCUAGAACUGGUGAUCCACGUUGCUAUCAGGAGAGGGUGUACUAGCAGGCAGUCCACACACCCUGCCAAUUACCUGGCAUGUUGUCAGAGGCCAUGCAAUUUGUACCUUUUUUUGACCUUCAAGAUGACCUUAAGCUGGAUGCCAAAGGCUGUGCCUCAAAAAGUAUAGUUCUAUAAAGUUUACAUAACCUUCGCUGUGAAGUGCAUUUUAUAUAUUUCUUGGCUUGAAGCAGUAGCCUAUUUGUGCAACUCUGUAAGUCAGUAACAAAUGACCAGAAACGUACAUGGGUAAAAGAAGAUUGAGUUCAUUAUCACAGUGCUGACCCAAAGAGAUCUGGGCUUUCACAGGCCCUCAACAUUAUUUCUGAAUACGGAUGAAUGCUUUUGAUUUUUUUUGGUUUUGAUUCUUUUUAGUGUGAAUUUAUUGGAAAAUGAGGCCAGCAUUGUACAACAUUUUACUUUGGAUCUCUGAAUUGCAGUUGGAUAAGGCAAGUGCAAACCCUGGCACUUUUUUUUUUUUUUUUGGUCUUUUCCUAAUUUUAUUUAGAUUUAAUAAUAAAUUCCAUGGUUUCCACUACCUUAA